AUGGCCUCUUCUCAAGCUCCUCUCAAGAAGCCACGGCUCUCCCUCCAGAUCAAGACAUCAUGUAGCCCAGCCACAAGGUCAUCAAGGAGUUAUGCAGUUGACCCGAAGGACCCAACUGCCUUUAAUACGUUAUCCAAUGUCUAUGUCACCACCAUCGAAAGAGCUGCUCCGUCCCUGCCUGAGCCUAUCACCGCCAUCAACACCCUCCAGGCAUUCAGUCUUGAAACUCCCGUGGAACGUCAGGACCCAAAACAUAGAGUUGUUACUCCCUAUGUCGCUUCUUAUCCUGAGACUCCGUCAUCUGAUACAGCGCCGUCGCCACACCCAGGGCUAGAAAUCAACUACCCCAGCACUAUGACAGCUACACCUCCCCUUUCUGCUGGACCUGUCGAUUCCCACACCAGCAAAGCCUUUAGUUUCUCGCCUGCUGAUAUCUCAGCGGCUCCGGUCCACAAAUCUCACUUACAUGUCGAGAAACGCACGCUUACUCGCCCAACAUCUCUGGCGGAACUGGCCACACAAGCACCCUACACACAUCCUCGCUCACUUCACAGCAUCUUGCGCAACUCGCCCCUUCCACCGCCUACUGCCAUUCCUCCACCUUCACCCAGGCGGCAGUCACGACGUCUGCAAGACAAGGCAAAUCGACGAGUGUGUUACAACAACCCUCUGACCCAGGAGAUUGUUACAAACAAGUACACAAAGUCUCACAUUGACUUGCUUGUGGAAGAAGCCUCGCCUCACUCUCCCCCCUGCGUCCCUCCACAGCCCCAAAAUGCCAUUGACCUUGCUCUCGCGUUCAUGCCCAACGAGAUCCAGGAUGGCGGGCAGACACCCGGACCUUUUGAAGAUAUGCGUCGUCGAAUGACAGGCCUAGGUGUUCCGAGUACGCCUAGUUCGCCCAUGUCUCCUGCAGGACCAAGGGGUAUUUCGAAGCGAAAGAAAAGGGAAAAGAAGCGCCGUUGGGUGUGGACAAUCGGACAGGAAGAAGAAGAUGAUGAGCAUGUGGGAGGGUCCAUCGCGGCUUUGAGGGCUGAGGCAGCCAAGUCCAGGGAUGCUGAUGAAAUCAAGACACCUGUGACUGCCAUCAGGUCUCCUCCCUUCACUUUUCUCACAAUGCCAACACCGAGCACAGAUAGGUUCGAAAGAUUGGACAGCAUUCUAUCUGAGAACAACGAUGUCGAGAUGUCCGAUACGAGCAGCUGUCUCACAAUACCAGAAGAAACUCGCUAUACCACUGCAGAGAUGGAUCUAGACAUCAAGACACCGAUCGCUCAGCACGAUGAUAGCGAAAGUUCAGAUAGGCUUCUCCUGCCAGAUAGCAAUGUUGGCGGCUUCAGUCUGAAAAGGGAUUCACCAGUGCCGCCAGACAUGCUACGUGCAGAAUGA